AUGGUUCAUUUAGGUCCAAAACCACCUCAACAUAGAAAAGGUACUUUCACAGAUGUUUCACCGGAAUUAUUAAAAGAAUUAGCAACUUUAGAAAAACAAUUCACCGUUGAUGGUGCCACAUUAAGAAAAAUAGUUGAUCAUUUUAUCACAGAAUUAGAUAAAGGAUUAAGUAAAAAAGGAGGUAAUAUCCCAAUGAUUCCAGGUUGGGUUAUGGAAUAUCCAACAGGUGAAGAGACAGGUGAUUAUUUAGCUAUAGAUUUAGGUGGAACUAAUUUAAGAGUUGUUUUAGUGAAAUUAUUAGGAGGAAGAAAAUUUGAUACUACACAAUCCAAAUUUGCAUUACCUGAACAUAUGAGAUUAGCUAAAAGUGAAGAAUUAUGGACAUUUAUUGCAGAAUGUUUGAAAAAAUUCAUUGAAGAAGUAUUUCCAGAUGGUUGUGAUGAAGUUUUACCAUUAGGUUUUACUUUCAGUUAUCCAGCAAGUCAAAGCAAAAUCAAUGAAGGUGUAUUACAAAGAUGGACUAAAGGUUGGGCUAUUGAAGGUGUUGAAGGUAAAGAUGUUGUUCCAAUGUUACAAAAAGCUAUUGAAAAAGUUCAUGUACCAAUUGAAGUAGUUGCUUUAAUUAAUGAUACUACAGGUACUUUAGUUGCAUCAAGAUAUACUGAUCCAGAAACUGAAUUAGGUUUGAUUUUUGGUACUGGUGUAAAUGGAGCUUAUUAUGAUGUAGUAGAAGAUAUUCCAAAAUUAGAAGGUAAAUUAGAAGAUGAUAUUCCAAAGAAUUCACCAAUGACUAUAAAUUGUGAAUAUGGUGCAUUUGAUAAUGAAUUGGUAGUAUUACCAAGAACUAAAUAUGAUAUUCAAAUCGAUGAAGAAUCACCAAGACCAGGACAACAAUCAUUUGAAAAAAUGAAUUCUGGUUAUUAUUUAGGUGAAAUUUUAAGAAUUGUAUUAUUAGAUUUAGCAGAAAAUGAAAAAGUAAUAUUUAAAAACCAAGAUUUAAAUAAAUUAAAAAAACCAUAUAUUUUAGAUACUUCAUUUCCAGCUAAAAUUGAAGAAGAUCCAUUUGAAAAUUUAUCAGAUGUUGCAGAAUUGUUUCAAGAUGUAUUAGGUAUACAAACAACAAUUCCAGAAAGAAAAGUUAUUCGUAGAAUUGCAGAAUUAAUUGGUGAAAGAUCAGCAAGAUUAUCAGUUUGUGGUAUAGCUGCUAUAUGUAAAAAAAGAGGUUAUAAAACUGCUCAUUGUGCAGCUGAUGGAUCAGUGUAUGAAAAAUAUCCUGAUUUUAAAAUUAGAGCUGCUAAAAGUUUAAGAGAUAUUUUUGAAUGGUCAGAUGAUUUAAAAGAAGAUCCUAUUGUUAUUGUACCAGCUGAGGAUGGUAGUGGUGUUGGUGCUGCUGUUAUUGCUGCAUUAACUGAAAAAAGAUUGAAAGAAGGUAAAUCAGUUGGUUUAAAAGCAUAG